GGACCACCGGGAGGCGCGUCACCGACACAACAACCGACCCAUAAUCUCUGUGUGUGUCUGCGGACCGACAGAACCGGGACCUGUCGGGACCGAUCGGCGGGCUUUUGUUUCUGCUGCCGGCACCGGAGCGGACCGGCCGGGGUGGAUCUGCCCGGAUCCAGCGGAACCUGCGAGGUGAGGCCCAGUCAGUGAUGGAGCGGCUGAAUGAGGAGGCAGUGAGGCUGAGUUUGCUGAAGCGAGGUCUGGACUCCUCAUCCUCUUCUCUCUCCUCCCUGCCGGUGGGGAGCGUGGUCGGAGGAGGCGGCGUUAGCGCUGAGAGGGAGGAGCUUGUGUCGAAGCGUUUGAAGCUGGAGGGCCACCAGGCCAUGGAACGUCUCAAGAUGUUGGCCUUCCUCAAACGAAAGGACCUAGCCUCCUUCCAGCCCUCAGCGGCAGAGUUCAAGGGUCACCACCACCAGGGCUCACCAGCCGCGACCUCUGGGCUGGGAGUUGGGCCUUAUGACGAGAGGACCAAUGGGAGCCUAAGAGCUUCCUCGUCUGGGGGCGUGUCUCAUGGUCUGCCAAUGGGAAAGAGUGGAAAGGAGAACAUGGCGGAGGAGCCAGUAGACAUGAGUGCCAAGAGGAGUGAUAUGGACAGACAGCAUCAAACAGCGUCUCCUGAUGUUAUUGUCCUAUCGGACAAUGAAGUGUCAAGUCCCUCAGGACCCUGCAAACCACAAGACAACCUGAGGACUGCCAGCAUGGACAUCUUCAAGGGGAAGAGUGUGGAAGAGCGUCAGGCGGUGAUCAAGGCAUUGAAGGAGGAGUUACGUUUGGAGGAGGCUCGCCUGGUUCUCCUUAAGAAGCUCCGACAGAGCCAGACGCAGAAGGAGAACCUGCUGCACAAGCAGGUCCCUGUAGUCCAGAACACCUCAUCAGUUCAGACCGGGUCUGUUCAUGGAACUCAGACGUUCAACAAGAUGGCUGCCAGGCCCGGAAUCCACAACCCCGAGCCGCAGAACCUGCGAACCGUUCAGGGUCACUCUGUGAUCAGAUCAGCCUCAAACAGCACCAUGAACCAGAUGAUGGCCCAGCGUGUCAUGGCUCCCAGUCCAGCUCAGCUUCAGGCCCAGAGGCUGGCUCAGAAACAGACCAAUCUCCACCCCUCCUCUGGUCCAGGCAGUGCUGCAGUCAGUUACCAGCAGCAGGGAGCAGCAUCCCAGCGCUCUUCUGGCUCCUCUUCCUCCAGUUCCUCCUCGGCGGUCUACAUGAGUCUGGCUCACAUGCAGGCGGCGGGCGGCGGCUCGUCGGCUGGUACCUCCAGUCCAUCAGCGCUCCACAGUCCUGGGGCGGCGGUGUCAGACCCGGCUAGCAGCCAGGCAGCGGCCAAGCUGGCUCUGCGGAAGCAACUGGAAAAAACCCUGCUGGAGAUCCCCCCGCCCAAACCUCCUGCCCCUCUCCUCCACUUCCUACCCUCAGCCGCCAACAGCGAGUUUAUCUACAUGAUCGGCCUGGAGGAGGUGGUGCAGAGCGUCCUUGACAGCCAGGGUAAACUCCAGUUCCCCCUGGCCAACAUGGAGCCGUUCUGCUGCGCCCAGUGUCAGACUGACUUCACCCCCCACUGGAAGCAGGAGAAGGGCGGGCGCAUCCUCUGUGAGACCUGCAUGACGUCCAAUCAGAAGAAGGCCCUGAAAGCCGAGCACACCAAUAGGCUGAAGAACGCGUUCGUCAAGGCACUGCAACAAGAGCAGGAGAUUGAACAGAGGAUCCAGAUGCAGACUCUGGCCACCAGCUCGGCUCAGACGCCCCCUAGUGUCAGCAAAGCAGACAGCUUCAGUCGACACCAUGCACACAGACAGAGCUCCCAGUCCUGUGUUCAGAGAGGUAAUCUGUGUGGUUCUGCGCGUGGCGUUCUCUCCACCUUUGCCCAGGCCUCCCAGCUGUCUGUGGCGAGUGGCCUCAUGGCCAUGUCAGCCUCUUCCUCCAGCAAGCACCACCACCGCCAGCACCACCUCCACCCACAACAACAACAACAACAACAACAACACGACAGCCGCCGUCACCUCUACAGCCUCCCCGGUGUGAACAUGAGCUAUAUGAGUGCAGCCAAUAUGGCUGCCCCCAAGCCGUCCAGCCUGGCUGACCGGCAGAGAGAAUACCUUCUGGACAUGAUCCCUCCUCGCUCCAUCUCCCAGUCUCUGACUGGACAGAAAUAAGCCUCAACUCCUUCAUCUCCCAGUCAUCACUAAAAGGAAAUAACCCCGCCAUCUUCAUGUUCCACUCCCUUACUGGUCAAAAUAACCCCCGACCCCUUUAUCGCUGCCUCACUGGAUGGAAAUAAGCGCCGCUCCUAAUCUCCCAUACUCCCAUUGAUCAAAGGCAAGCCCUGCCCCUCCAUCUCAACCAUUACGGAAUGGAAAUAAGCCCCGCCUCCUUCACCUCCCACUCCAACUGGACAUAAAUAAGCCCCGCCCACCACCACACACGCUGACCCACUGUUCAACUCAGUCCUCAGUGUGUCCGGGGCUCCUUGUGCACUGCCUGUCUGUGUGCCUACCAAACUGACCAAUCAGGAGAGAACAAUCGUCCCUUCAUUAAGAUAAGUCCAUAUCUCUCCUCCAAUCAGAGAAAACGUCUCCAGGUUAUUUGGUUGCCACGUUGGUCUUAAGUGCUGUCUCCCUCCAGAAGCUAGCUCCUGUCCAGUCCUGUGUCCUGCCCCCUAGUGUAAUCUGGUGGAGGCACCGUUUGGUUUGAGACACACACACACACACAUUAACCACAGAUAUGCAUACACACACUAUUCUGUGUCCACAGAGGAGCAGGGGUGGCACCAAAAUGGAAGGAUGGUCUGUGAGAGGAGUUCUCCCUUUUUUCUCCCUCUGCUUCUCUCACAGACACACAAGCAUCAAGGCUUUCCUGUGAGUGAUUUAAAUAUGGUUAUUUACACAGCAGGUUUGAUACUCUGCUACUUUUACCUUUAAACUUAAGCAGUCUCUUCAGAAAACUUCCAAAACGUGAAGAGCAUCAGCGUUGCUUCGGGACACGGCUGCCGAUGAUUAGACUGGAUCAGAACAGAACAGAUCCGAGCAACCCGACGGCAUAAUGGAGCUCUCUGCGAGACUGCGGGUUCAAAGGUCAAACAACCCAUUCAAAUUAGCUGUUGUCUUUCGGGGAGAUGAAGCAGUUGGAUUUCACCGGAUGAGCUGGAAAAUGAUUGGAUGAGAUGAGGACGCACUGAUAAAUUGAUUGGUCUAAAAAUCAGAGAACGUAAUCUGAUUGGUCCAGAGGUCAGAUGGAGGAUUUUUGUUGGACAGGACAGCAGUUGGUAUCGCCGUGAUGGACAGCAGCAUUCUGUCAGUAAGCCAAGACUGACAGAAAAUCUAUUUCAGACUUUUUGUACUUAUUUUGGGAGCAUGAAAAUGUGGAAUAUGACGAAAUAUUCAGUGUAAUUCAUCUUAUUUUAAGUCUAUAAGUAACCGAUUUUAUUUACUCCUUUUAAUACAUAAAAUGACAAAUUGAACCAUCCUCUAUCUGUCUAUGCUAUCUAUGUAGCUUCUCUUUGAUGGCGUUGGCCAUAAGAAGCUUUAGCUUCGUGUUUGUAGUUUUUUUCUUUAUUUUCGGCGUCUUGUGUAAACAGGGCCAUGUGUCUGAGAGAUUCUCGGCCCUGGAAGACGAUAAACAAACAGUGAUGCUCUGACAGAGACAGAGACCACAGGAGACAUCUCAGCCAUGCAGAGUCGCAAAAUGAAAGACGAUUUGUUUUCUGAUAACACGUUUCUGUCUAACUAAUCAAAACUCCCCCGGCUGGCGAGGAGAGAGACAGACACAGCUCUGCUGAUGGACUGGCUGCUUUCAGUGUUGGACACCAGAGGUGGACAUCAACGGCAACACUGUCAGGAAAUCGGAAAAUCACAUCCACAUGUCAUAUAUUUUCAUUAAGGGUUUUAUAAAUGACAACAUUUCCAGAAAUAUUAUGUAUCCAUUUUGGAAAAAAAAAAAAACCAGAAGAAUUCCCUGAGGGUCAAAAUGCGAUAACGCUAGUUUGUUUUUAUUUUGUGAUCUUACUCAUUUUCCAAGUAUGUCUCAUCUUUUUUUAAAAAUAGUGUUAUUAAUAUAACACUACACACAAUAGACGACACAAAACAUCACACUACACUACAUGUACACUAUACUACACUACACACUAAGUUGCACUACACACAUUACAUCCUUACUUCACUACACUACACUACACUACAUGUUCGCCUACUGGAGAACAGAGAGGUGGUACUCCUGUUGAUGAAGGUUCGACAGCUGAUGCAGUGUUAUGAACCCUGUUGGAUUCUGGACUGGAUUGGGUUUGAAUGUAAACAUAAAGCCGUUAUCCAGUUUCUUUUCGUUUUGAAAUUCUGCUUGAUUCCAGUUUACCGAACCAGUUUACCCAUUCCCGGACCCAGCUAACCCCCUAACCCCAGCCCCGUGUCUUCCCCUCUGUUGUCCAUAAUGAAGUGCAUGGCACAGUGUUGACCGGUUGAGUCUCUAAACAGGAAAUGGAAUAUCCUAACAGGAAACGGAAUAUGUAGGUGGGUGUUGGGGACAGAGGUUUAUGAACGGUUUCGUGUUUGGUCUUUGCCGUGUGCAGGUUUGUCUCCUCCACAGACCCCGGCACCGCGUCACAACAUCAUUUUUCUAGAAUUUAACGUUUAAAAAGACUACCUUUUGCUGAUUUGUCAAUCAAAUUUCAUUUCACAUUUUUAAAAAAAAAGAAAUGAAAAAAGUGAAACAGAACAGCUUAAAGCUAUUAAAUAAAAUAAAUCAAGAACUUCUUUUAACACUUGUAAUGAUGACGUCUUGUACAGAAACCUUUUCUUUUUUGUGAAUUGCAGCGGGUCCGCUGCUGUUGGUUGUAAAACAAACUCAAAGCCAUGGAUAUUGUAAAGCUUGUCUCUUUGUUUUGUGAAUCUCCUGUCAUUUCUGGUAGCAUUAGACCUCUCCCUGGACCACAAGCUCUUUUUAAAUGUAAAAUAUUCUGCUUUUAUUUUCUGCGCUCUUCUUUCUUUCAGUAUCAAUGUUUAGUUCUUAUAUUUUACGGCACUCUUUCACAUUUGACCUUUGACCUGUUAUUGUGGCAGAGCUGUCACAGUGUUUGGGAUUUGGCUGUUCCCCAUACACAGCUGUCUUAUUACUAAGCUAUGUGCUAAUUCUGCCAGCCUCAUGAAAUGAUGAAAGGCAUAUUUUUUUUGUUUUGUUUUUGUUUUUGUUUUAAAGUCAAGCAAACCUCUGAAGACAUUCAGUAAUAAAAACAAUGUCAUUGGAUGCAAGUCUGAAAAAGGCUAAAGUUUGCCUCCUGCUCAUGUCAGACAAUGUCAAUAAAGUUC